AUGUACUGGUUCCACAAUGACACCUCUACUGUCGUGACUCAGAUCCUUCGCGACUUGGACGAGAAGAGGAAGCUGGCUAUUGUGUUGGAACUGACUGAGCCUGCCUUUUCCUUCCCGAGGCCACGGGCAACAGACCUGUUGUGCUUCGGGGCCGCUGCACCUACUCCCUUAUACCCCAUGGCGGCUAUGUUGACUAACGUCAAUUCUUGGACAGGAGUUCGCGAAAUGGGAAGUGUUGUCAAUUGUGCUUUGACACUUUUUAAUUCGAAGAAAGAUUCAAAAGCACAAUUUGCUUUCGAAGCGAAAGAGCCUGAGAAACUCACUGCAGCUGUCACGGAAGUUGAAGGGCCGAAGAAGAAGUUCAACAAGCUUCCAGAAAUUUUUGACAAGCUCCGUCUGCGUUCCCCAAAAACCGUUCCAGGUCUUAACCCCGAGUGCUUCAUGCCUGGAAAGUACUCUUAUGAUUUCGAAAUGAUACUGCAUUCCGGUCUCCCCGAAUCCACAUUCAUUGAGGGAACCAUAGUCCGUUAUCAUCUUAAAGCAAGCGUAACGUGUCACUCCAUGCUCCGGGGAAUGUACAAAUCGAUUGAGGUCGACGCUGUUCGCUGUCCUACCAAUGCGUACGUCGAAGACUCCGUGGGCGGCAAUUGGGCUUUGCAUGUUGACCGCGUUUUGCAUGCGGACAUUCACCUCCGGAGGAAAGGCAUCGCUUUAGAAGAUCACCUUCCCGGCUCAUUCAAGUACAAAGGAUACAACAACACCAAGUUCCGCAAACUUCAGGUCUUUCUGGUUGAGGAUGUCAGGUAUUUCAUGCGGGACGGAACACAGGCCGGUAAGGCUCCUUAUAAAAAGCUACUCAUAUAUGAGAAUAGCGGCCACAGGCCGGAUGUGCACCCCCAGCAAGAAGAAGUCUCUGAAGAGGAGCUCAACAUCUUUGAAGCAACAUCGACAAGAGUCCCUUUAUCUUCUACAAACUCCGACACUCCAGACGGCGAUGCUUUUCCUCCUUCCGAAACAAUGGGCUUCGACUUCGAGCUAGAUAUGCCAAAGUGCAUAUCGCACAGAGGUGCUCCAGAUUUCAGAUACAUGCACUACGACACCAAAAUUCGGAGUGUGAUGGUGUCACAUUUCUUUCAGUUUCACGUGCAUGUUUUCAUCAAUGGCCGGCCCGCUAGAGAACCUUUUGAACGACUGGUCCCCUUGACGCUUCGCUCGUGCUAUGCCAGUGAAGGAAACACAACGUUGCCCACAUAUUGCGAAGAGGAUUUGCCGGUUUACUCAUUGCUUUUCCCGAAUGCCCCAGCGUCGACUAUUGAUUAUGAUCGUUGA